AUUUUCUCAGAAAAAAUGUUUUUUCACCGGUAAAACCAAAACACCGCACAGUAGCAGCAGAUCAAUUUUCCCGAGAAAAUUUAGACGCUUGUUACCAUUUUUAACUUUACAGAGCUUAAAGUUCAGCUCAGUAGUAUAGUAGCCGAGUUAACUUUUCCAACAGCGAUGUGGAACCUGGCACGAUUUGGCGCUACCGCCGUUGCCAGAUCGAGGCGGCCGUUCUCGAUGGCGAUUCCCGGCCCUUUCAUUGUUCACAAGCGCGGUGCUGAUAUCCUCCACGAUCCUUGGUUCAACAAGGAUACUGGGUUUCCUUUGACUGAACGGGACCGAUUGGGGCUUAGGGGACUCCUUCCUCCUCGUGUCAUUUCAUUUGAGCAGCAAUAUGAUCGGUUCAUGAAUUCAUACCGGUCUUUGGAGAAGAACACUCAUGGACAACCAGAUAAAGUUGUUGCCCUAGCCAAAUGGAGAAUCUUGAACAGACUGCAUGACAGGAACGAGACAUUGUACUGCAGAGUGCUUAUUGAUAAUAUUAAAGAGUUUGCCCCUAUAAUAUAUACUCCUACAGUUGGAUUAGUUUGCCAAAAUUAUUCUGGGUUAUUUAGACGUCCACGUGGAAUGUAUUUUAGAGCCAAAGAUAAAGGAGAGAUGAUGUCGAUGAUCUAUAACUGGCCAGCUCCCGAGGUAGAUAUGAUUAUGAUUGUCUUGACAAACGGUAGUCGAAUCCUUGGCCUAGGUGACCUUGGAGUUCAGGGCAUUGGAAUACCAAUGGGAAAACUUGACAUUUAUGUUGCUGCUGCCGGUAUCAGCCCGCAAAGAAUACCUCCAGUUAUGCUAGAUGUUGGAACCAGCAAUCAAAAGCUACUUGAAGAUCGUCUUUAUUUAGGACUUCGACAACCAAGGUUGGAAGGUGAAGAGUAUCUAUCAAUUGUGGAUGAAUUCAUGGAAGCUGUUCAUGCUCGAUGGCCUAAGGCCAUUGUGCAGUUUGAGGAUUUCCAAAUGAAGUGGGCUUUUGAAACUUUGGAACGAUAUCAUAAAAGGUUUUGCAUGUUUAAUGAUGACCUUCAGGGCACUGCUGGUGUUGCUCUUGCUGGAAUAUUGGGAUCUGUAAGAGCCCAAGGUCGGCCAUUGUCUGAUUUUGUAAACCAAAGGAUAGUUGUGGUUGGAGCUGGGAGUGCAGGGCUUGGUGUUCUGAAAAUGGCCAUCCAGGCAGUUUCAAAGAUGGCAGGGUGCAGUGAAACAGCUGCCAAAAGUCAAUUCUUUUUUAUUGAUAAAGAUGGUCUUGUCACAACUGAUAGGAAUAAUCUAGAUCCAGCUGCAGCUCCAUUUGCUAAAAACCCAAGAGACCUAGAAGGGCUCACUGAGGGUGCUAGUAUAAUUGAAGUGGUGAAGAAGGUUAGACCACAUGUUCUCCUUCGUUUGUCUGGGGUUGGUGGCAUUUUCAAUGAGGUAAUUAUCUUGUACAAUUCCACUUAUAUAAAACCUGCCAUCUUUGCCAUGUCUAGACCUUCCAUGAAUGCUGAGUGCACUGCUAUUGAUGCUUUUAAGCAUGCCGGAGGAGAUAUCGUAUUUGGAAGUGGAAGCCCUUUCGAAAUUGUAGAUCUUGGUAAUGAAAAAGUGGGUCAUGUAAAUCAGGCCAACAACAUGUAUCUGUUCCUAGGAAUCGGUCUAGGAUCACUUUUGUCAGGUGCUCGGCUAAUAACAGAUGGAAUGUUGCAGGCUGCUGCUGAAUGCCUUGCAUCAUACAUGUUAGAGGAAGAUAUCGCAAAAGGAAUCUUGUAUCCAUCCAUUGAUAACAUUCGAAAUGUAACAACAGAAAUUGGUGCUGCUGUUCUUCGAGCAGCAGUUGAAGAGAACUUGACCGAAGGCAUGCUUAAUGUGUAUACCAUAUUAUUGCGAUGUAAAAGAAAGUGUUCAUUAUCAUCGACAGUUUCAAGUAAUGGUAACAAUAUCAAUGCUAUUUAUAUGGCUGUUAUUGUUCUGUGUCGGUUACCGGACAGAUCGGGUUGUUAUGAGAUGGGGGAGGAUGCCUCGGUUGCGGUUGCGCUAAGCCCGGAUUUGCCACGUAGCCGAGCUCCCGUUGGGAAGGGAAAAUGGGGGGUGCCACCUGCAAAGACACUCCGACGCUCUAGUCAGCUAGUGUGCAGGCGGGAGAAAACGAUAUGGAAAAGGUGA